UAGGUUCUUCUAGUUCUAGAUGCGAUAAUAAAUCAGGAUCUAGCUUUUACUUAUGUAUUUAGUAACUUAAUGGAAGUUAUAACUUUUGAAGCUGAAUAUUUAGUAUUUAGGUAUUAUUAUUAAGUUUAUGUUACCUUAAACAUUCCAAUAUACGUGUAUUUCAGGUUUAAUAGUGUGUGUAGUUAAAAUGAUAUGGCGCAGUAAAAAUGAACUUUUUUUUAUUUUCUGUAAUCGUGAACCGUAGCGAAAGCAAUCAAUAUUUCAAAAAUUUUAAACUGUUGUACAUAUCUAAGCAGUUACUAAUAACUUAAAAUGGAGUAUAUUCACUUAUAUAUUAGAAACCGUGAAUUCCAUGUACGGAAGGAAAUGCUAUGUGAGCAUAGUGAUUAUUUUCGAGCAAUGUUCAGUGGCAAUUAUAUAGAAAAAGAACAAAAGGAAAUUCACAUUGAUCUUCUUGAUCCUGACACAAUGGAAUUAAUUGUUAAUUACAUGAUUAUUGGUGUAAUAGAUCUGACUGAAUAUGAUUUUGCUACAUUAUGUAAUAUAUCAAAUGCUGCAACUUUUCUUCAAAUAACAGAAUUAAUCAAACAAAUGGAGUAUACAUUAGACAUGCAACUAUGUGAAUCUAAUUGGAUUGAUACAAUGAUGAUUGCAGAGCAGUGCAUUUACAGUAAAUUAAGAAAAUUAGCUGUUACUUAUGGGCUUUUUGCAUUUAAAAAAAUGAAAGUAGAAUAUAUUCCUUUACUUAAUACAUUGGCAUGGUAUUUGUCACAUCCAUAUCUGGACUCAGAGAAUGAAUUAAAUGUUUUCAAGUUUGGUUUCAACUGGCUUCAACAUAAUGAAACUGGUGCAGAUGCAAUAUUAAUUAUAUUAGGCUGCUUAGACUUAAACAAAUUAUCCGUAAAGGAAAUUAAUGAAAUAAGGAAAUUAAUAAGUGUUUAUGAGUACAGUUUGGCACUGAAAGUUGUUGAAUGUGUAAUGUCAUUGAUAAAUAGGGGUGGAAAUAAAUUAGACACCCAGUUUCUAAAAUCACAUAAGCAAAUGAUAUGCCAGGAGUUUACUGAGAGAGUAUAUAUUGAAGUGCAGAAUUUAGUGGAAAACUGUCCAACCCGGAAAUUGACUUACACUCCCAUUGUACCGAUGUGGAUUUUGAAAGACUCAAGAUUGGAGAUGCUGCCUCAAUGUCUAUAUUCAUAUACAGAAGAGAAGAAGUUUGAGAAAUGGUUAGAAGUUGCAGAGAAGAACCUUUGGGGUUGGAGUGCUGUUAAUUGGAGUGGCAAUAACUUGGUUGUUGUCUGUGGAGAGCAUGGUCGAGGCACAGGUUUAUUUAUGCAGGAUGUUAAAGUUUAUGAUUUGUUGAGACAGGUGUGGGUUAAACAUGGUGUGCAGUUGCCACCAAGGAGACAUGGCGGGAUGGCUGUUGUGGGAGAUGAGUUAUUUAUCAUUGGUGGUGUGGGUACUUUCAGGGUCGUUUUAGAUACUGCCAUUGCUUAUGACCUAAAGCGCAGAUCAUUCCGAAAAAUUGCUAAAUUUCCAGACGCUAUACAGAGUCCAGGUGUCUGUAGCCAUCAGAAUAAAGUAUAUGUAACAGGACACAGGAAUAUAUACUGUUAUGAAGACAGGAAUGGUUUUGAUGAGUGGAAAUGUGUUGUUCAAACAAAUAUUAGAAUGAGCUGCAUGAGAUCAUUUAAGAAGCACAUCUAUGGUAUCCAGAGCUUCUUCAGUCAGCUUUAUCGCUUUCAACCAGGGGUCGAUAGUAGAUUAGAAUGUAUAACUACAUUUACACAUCUUCCAGCGACUAUAUGUGAUUUGGGUGAUCGCCUUGUUGUGUUCACUCGAACGAUUGGUGGAUGCACAGAGGAUUUAUCAGUUGAAGAGUACACUGGAAAGGCUGAUGAGAAGCCAAAACUUGUCUACACACAAACCGAUACUACGUUGAGAGUGAACGAAUUUGCUGGGUCGUGCGAAGUGGUCCUUACGAAUCCGCCUACUGAGUGGGAACUCUCCGAUUAUUUGCAACGAUACUUGAAGCGAUACGAGUAAAUUAUAUUAACCUUAUACAAAUAAAUGUCAAAAUGCUU